UUUUUAACGGUUUUUACUGUUGACGCAGUUUGAAUUUGAGCUAAUGGCGCCAUAGUAACGAUUUUGUUUGAAGCGCGUCCGUAAAGUGAACCGGUUUUAUUCGUUUAAUUUUUUUAUCGGUGUGUUAUUGGGUUUAUAUUGUGACUAUUAAAGUUUAAUUGAUUACCGUUCGCACAAUGGAAUCCGAUAUUCAGCUUGCUCUAAGAAGAAUGAAGAACGUAAGAGACCGAGAAGAGUUUGAACAACCCAAUGUUGACCUAAGUGAGAAAGAAAAUUCUCACCCAUUGUUGAGGGAUAAAACAAAGACAAGACUCGAAAGAUUAGGAAUUCUGUAUGGAGGUGGAGAAGUAUCCUCUCCAAUACAUAAGUCAGAACAAAAUUGGGAAGAAGAUGAUGACGAUGCCACUUCAGGUGGGGAUAAGAGCCCUUAUGCCGAAAGGAGAGCUAGAAGACUCCAAGCGCUCGCAAAUACUAUCAAUAGUUGGGAGGAUGAUAUGCGACAUAUUUCUCCCAAAAAAGAACAGGAGGAACGGAUAGAUAGAUUUGGAAAUAAGGUAGGUUCCAAGGCAGUUAAGCAUGAAGCAGUACAAAUUCCACUUAAAACCCAAAAUGGGCAGCAGCAGAUUCAAGGACAAACCCCGAAGAAGGUGAUAUGGGACAAAAGGAUUAUUAAUUCAUUGGAAAUGCAGGGAUUUAAAAGGUGUGAGUCCGAGGAGCACUUAGUCUAUGAUUAUUUGUCUCCUAAUAGUAAGAAAUGCCUGAGCCCCACCAGAAGGCCACCACAAAAUGUGAACCAGCCUCGCUCAGCCAGUCCCAGAAAGUUGGUUGUUAUUAAGCCAGAAGAAAAAUCACCUUCUCCUCAAAAGACUUCUCCACAAAAAUCUUCUCCCCAAAAAAUUUCUCCCCAAAAGAAUUCUCCACAGAAAACUUCUCCCCAAAAGAAUAAGAUAAUUGAAAAAAAGGAGGUUGUUUCACAGUCGCAAUACUCUUUGGGCCAAGCUGUUGCUUCUCAUAUCAGGGAAAGAUCGCCUCAGCAUUCAACGGUCCUCGAGCUCGCUGCCCAGUACGAAGCUGAUUCUCCACGCUCGAAGAAAGGAGCAAACUCAGUGGUCGAUCCUGCUUUAUUAUCCGUUGCUGAAAAGAAGAGAGUAUUUGAAAGAAAUCAAGGUGCACUACCUAUGCCUCAACAGUUUCCAAGGAAGCGUGAUUUGAGCCCACCCAAACGAUUGCCACCAAAAAUAGUAGUAUCGCAGGAGGUUAGACCAGAGAUCAAUAGUAGCCCCGUUACCGUGAAGGACAGCGUGAAGCAAGCGAUGAUUGAGAGGUUUCAGGAGUUAGAGGCUCUGAGACAUCGUUGGGACAGGAAUAAGGCCAUUUCAACCGAACAAAAUCCAUCAGAAGAUGAAACAACAGAAGAAGAAGCAAGCCCGCAGAUCCCACCUCCUCCUCCCCUGCCUGUGGAUUCUUAUUCUUUAAAAGAACAAUCACCACCUCCGAAGCCUAUGAAUUCUUACUCUCUAAAAGAAAGAUCACCUCGUACCCCAUCACCACCACAGAUCAAGAUGGGAGUGAGCUCUCCUGUUGGCAGAAGGAGUCCUCCAUGUCAACUUCCUAGGGUGCUCAGCGUUAGGGAAAAAGCAAACCCUUCUAGAGGGCAGCAUUAUCCGGAAGUAAAGAAGAUAAAAGUGUCGCCUCCAAAACCUGGUCGCCUUUACCCUUCCAUAUCUGACAUUGAGACUGAAUCUGAAGUACCUGAGACAGAUUUAGAAACAAUUGACGAAGAAUACAUGGAUGAGGAUGAACAAGGUGGAUCUUCUUACUCGGACUCUUCCAACUUGGAGACAAGCCAUAGUUCUCUGUCAAGCUUUGGUAAAGAAAUAGUGAGACAAGCUUCCAGAACCAAUCUUAAGCGUCCAUCGCAUUCAUUAGAAGCAUCAAGUUCGUCAGAUAAUGAGUCGAAAAUCCUCAAAGAAAUGGAUGAUUUGCUUGAUGAAGCUCUUGGAUCACCUUCUCCUAAAAGAACAAGAGAUUCAGCUUCAUACAAACAGGACACAAACUCCAUAUCUGAAACAUGUUCUACUACCAGCUUUGAAUUCUCGGAUGCUGAAAAUCUCCAGGCGAAAGCGAUGUGCUCAUCUGAAUCAAGCUCAGAUGCUAAUGAACCUAAGACUCCCCUAAUGUAUAGCGUUUCACUCUACAGGAAGCAGCGGCAACAGUUAUCAACCCCUAUCAGGAAGGAGAUCAGAAGAGAAGAAGUCAUCUUGGAUGAUGAACCGCAAUCAUGCAAACUGUCACCUAAAUCUGAAGAGAAAUUGGCCCAAGAAAAAGUCAAGGAACUUACUGUGGAGAUGCAGAGGCAGAUAGAGACAGUUUCCCAAGCUAGUAAGGCCCUCAAUUUAUGUCUGUCAACACCUGGCUUCAUGGGAUCAACUGCGGAGGUAGAAGCUCAGAAGCUGCUGCUAGUAGCCAGUGCACGUUGGACUUCCUUAAAACAAGAAAUAGAGCGCCUGAGAAUUGAGAAACGUUUGCGUUCUGGAGACUGUGAAUUGGACCUUGGAGACAUCAACAUUCAAUCGAUUAGUGUGCCCUUGAAAUCAUGCAUAGCUUCACGGGAUCAAUCAUCAGUCCAUUUAGUUUGCUUGGUCCGCUCUGGCUAUGUUGUUCUGCAGACAGAGGUAGUUGCUUUGGACAAAACGUCCAUCAGGAAUGGCCGUAUCUCUUUCCAGAAGAUACUCAAUCUUGUAAACCUCUAUUCCGACUUCACCGUCUCAGUUGAAAUAUAUGGUUUCAUUGCCCAGCACCCUGCAGAAUUUGUCUCAGAUUACAAGCAUAGGACCACUCCUAGCAAAAAGGAUAAAAAUCGUUCUGCUGCUAAGAAGGCUAAGGACAAGAUGAUACCUAUUGAAUCUCCUGCAGGACCAAAUGUUGUCAGAUCUUCAGCUUUUCAAAUGUGGGGAUUUGCAGUUUUCUCAUUGCGUGAACUGAACAGGACUUCUUUCUCUCUCAGUAAGGUGCCAUAUACGUGUCCCCUUGAAGGGAAUAUUGAGAUAUCUAUGAUUUCAUCGUUGCAGAGUCAGAUAGAGCACACUGGCUUCUUGACAGUCUUUGAGGAUGUAGGUGGAUUUGGUGCAUGGAAAAGGCGCUGGUGUCAACUCAAAGGGUCAUGUUUGGCUUUCUGGACUUAUCCUGAGCAGUUUUGGGACGGAAAGGUUGCCGUUGACACAAUUGAUUUGGCAGCUGUGUCAACUGUAGAAGCUGCUCUUGCGCCGAGGGACGUCUGUGCCCGACCUCACACUAUUCUACUUGAGUCGCAACUGAGAGGUUCUAAUCUACAGGAGUCGCUAGUUGUCAAAAGGAGAGGAGACAUGACAGUUCACAGACAUUUGUUAGCAGCUGAUACACAUGAAGAACGUUUGGCUUGGUGUAAACAGAUCAAUAAAGUACUUCAUCUCCUGCGUACAUGGAAAGUCAACUGUGCAACAGCCGUCUGAAACAGAUGAUAGAUCAUUACCUUCUGAAAUUAACCAUGACUUUAUUUAUUAUUAUUUUAUAUGCUUUAUGUGAAUGUAUGUGUAUCAUUAUUAUAAACGUAUCGAUGAAAUAACAGACCUUUGGUGGUGAUAACUUGUAACAAAAAAAAAAAAAAAGGCCAUGACCGAAGUAUCUAAGAUAUACUUAAAAAUUGAAUUUCAUUUGUACAUAUAUUUAUAUAUUUUUUUUAAUUUUAAUAUUUUUAUUGUAAAUAAAUUUAUUAAUGACAUUUACUUUUUACAAAUUCUAUAUAAUAUGUAAAUAUGAUUUAUAAAUUUGUAUUAAUUUUUUAAAUAAUAUAUUUUACAA